GCCCCGCCGGACCCAGCCUAGCGCAGCCAGGCAGUCGCCGCUCGCUGCCGAGCGCGGCGGAGGGCAGCGCGGUACCGCAGCGCCCGGCCCAGGGGGAGCCUGUCCGCGCCUGACACGGCCGCCGAGAAGACGAUGAAGCUGUAGAGAUGCUUCCCUACGUCAUUGCCACCCUGGGCUCAACAGGGGCCACCUGCAAAGCCUCCACAUGCAACAACAACAACAGCACCAAGGACUAUUGCUACAGUGCGCGCAUCCGCAGCACUGUCCUGCAGGGACUGCCCUUCGGCGGGGUGCCCACCGUCCUAGCCCUUGACUUUAUGUGCUUUCUUGUACUGUUGUUUGUCUUUUCAAUUUUGCGUAAAGUUGCUUGGGACUACGGACGCCUGGCCCUGGUGACUGAUGCUGACAGGCGCCGACGCUGGGAGACUGAAAGAGAGGAGCGGGAAUAUGUAGCCUCCGCCCUGCAUUCUGACAACCAUGACCGCUACGAGCGCCUCACCUCCGUCUCCAGCUCUGUGGAAUUCGACCAGAGGGACAACGGUUUCUGCUCCUGGCUAACAGCCAUCUUCAGGAUAAAGGAUGACGAGAUCCGGGACAAAUGCGGGGUUGAUGCAGUGCACUAUCUGUCCUUCCAGAGGCACAUCAUCGGGCUGCUGGUGGUCGUGGGUGUGCUUUCUGUGGGCAUCGUGUUACCUGUCAACUUCUCAGGGGACCUGCUAGAAAACAACGCCUACAGCUUUGGGAGGACAACAAUUGCUAACCUGAAUUCUAGGAAUCACCUGCUGUGGUUGCACACCAUCUUUGCCUUCCUGUACCUGCUGCUGACAGUGCUCAGCAUGCGCCGGCACACCUCCAAGAUGCGCUACAAAGAGGAUGACUUGGUUAAGCGAACUCUCUUCAUCAAUGGGAUCUCAAAAUACGCUGAGCCAGAGAAGAUCAAGAAGCAUUUUGAGGAGGCCUAUGCCAACUGCACUGUCCUGGAGGCCCGUCCCUGCUACGAUGUGGCCCGGCUGAUGUUCCUUGAUGCAGAGAGGAAGAAAGCUGAGCGUGGGCGAAUCUACUUCACCAACCUGAAGAGCAAGACCAGCCACACAAGCAUGAUCAACCCCAAGCCCUGCGGCCACCUGUGCUGCUGUGUCAUUAGGGGCUGUGAGGAGGUGGAGGCCAUCGAGUACUAUACCAAACUGGAGGAGAAGCUCAAAGAUGAUUACAAGCGGGAGAAGGAGAAGGUGAAUGAAAAGCCUCUGGGGAUGGCCUUUGUCACCUUCCACAACGAGACUAUCACAGCCAUAAUCCUCAAAGAUUUCAAUGCUUGUAAGUGCCAGGGCUGUGCGUGCCGUGGGGAGCCCAGGGCCUCCUCCUGCAGUGAGUCCCUCCAUGUCUCCAACUGGACUGUCAGCUAUGCCCCUGACCCACAGAACAUCUACUGGGAACACCUCUCUGUCCAGGGCUUCGUGUGGUGGAUCCGCUGCUUCGUGAUUAAUGUGAUCCUCUUCAUCCUACUCUUCUUCCUCACCACCCCUGCUAUCAUCAUCACCACUAUGGACAAAUUCAAUGUCACCAAGCCCGUAGAGUACCUCAAUAAUCCAAUCAUCACCCAGUUCUUCCCCACCCUGCUGCUGUGGUGUUUCUCUGCUCUUCUGCCCACCAUUGUAUACUACUCUGCCUUCUUUGAAGCACACUGGACCAGGUCUGGAGAGAAUAGGACAACCAUGCACAAGUGUUACACCUUCCUCAUCUUCAUGGUCUUGCUGUUGCCGUCGCUGGGCCUGAGCAGCUUGGAUGUGUUUUUCCGCUGGUUGUUUGACAAAAAGUUCCUCGCUGAAGCCGCCGUGCGAUUUGAGUGUGUGUUCCUGCCGGACAAUGGGGCUUUCUUUGUCAACUAUGUCAUCGCCUCUGCCUUCAUCGGGAAUGCCAUGGAUCUGCUGCGCAUCCCUGGUUUGCUCAUGUACAUGAUACGCCUCUGCCUGGCCCGCUCGGCGGCCGAGCGGAGGAACGUCAAACGACACCAAGCCUAUGAGUUCCAGUUUGGAGCUGCUUACGCCUGGAUGAUGUGCGUCUUCACUGUGGUCAUGACAUACAGCAUCACCUGCCCCAUUAUCGUCCCUUUUGGGCUCAUGUACAUGCUGCUUAAGCACCUGGUGGACCGAUACAACCUGUACUAUGCUUACCUGCCUGCCAAGCUGGACAAGAAGAUCCAUUCAGGGGCUGUGAAUCAGGUAGUGGCAGCCCCCAUCCUCUGCCUCUUCUGGCUUCUUUUCUUCUCCACCGUGCGCAUAGGCUUCCUGGCCCCCACUUCCAUGUUCACCUUUGUGGUCCUCGUGAUCACCAUUGUGAUCUGUCUGUGUCACGUCUGCUUUGGGCACUUCAAAUACCUCAGCGCUCACAACUACAAGAUUGACCACACAGAGGUGGAUGCCAUGGACAACAGGCAGAACGGGAGACCUGCUACCAAUCUGCCAGCUCCUAAGUCAGCUAAGUACAUCGCCCAAGUGCUGCAGGACUCCUCGCCAGAAGGUGAAGCAACAGAGUCAGAGGAGCAGGGAUCGGAGCAGGGAUCGCAGGAUGAGGAGCUCAUCAACGCCGAUGGCAUGAACGACACAGAUUUCCAGUCGUGUGAGGACAGCCUGAUAGAGAAUGAGAUCCACCAGUAGGGACCUCGAAGGGUGGGAGGGGAAGGAGGCCCAGGAGCAGGGCAGGCUGUGGGCAUGGAGACCUGGGGAGAGGCACCUGAGGGUGCUGGCCACUGCCCUUGUCCGCCUGCCCCCCAGGGACGCUGCCUUUAGUGAGGGCAGGGGCCCUGCUGCGAGCUCUCUAUCUCCCUGCCCCUCCACCCCUGUGCCAGCCCAACUGCUCAGCAGGCAUGCUCUUUACUAGCUACCUUCUUCAACAUGUCCCCGGACCCCAGAAUCCUGGGGGCUUGAGAGGAAGGGGAAUGAGACCCCCACAGUGCUGCCCUGGACCUGAAAGGCUGGGUGCUUUGUGCGAAGGGGCAUAAGGGGAACAUUUGGGGUCUUCUUAGCAGGCCACUUUGUCGCCUGUCAUCCUGGUGAGAAACACUAAUAAUUUAUUAUUGCAGGAAAGUGAUAAACAAAAAACUUUAAUCAGUGUAUUGGAAACCCCACCUAGGGAAGGGGGUGGCUUUUGUUGCACCUUCUCCCUGUGCUUGCGUGUGCCCUUUCUCAACCCCUUGCAGUAUCCACUUGGUGGGGCAUGCCAGGAGCUGGUCCAGGCAUGAGGUUGUUAUAGACUUCUCCCUCACCACAGGGACCGUAAUAGCCUGGCUUCAUGGCCAAGGGUGGCAUCAUCCCAGGUAAGGGAUGCAGGGUUGGCAUGAGUUAGGCAUCCCCCACAGGAUGAGGGGUGCUGAGGGCAUUUCUUAUGGGCAGCAGGAGGCGCAGGCAGCCUCUCCCCCAGGUCCUGUCCCUCCUUCCCCAGGUGCACAGGCAGGGGAUUGCAGCAUCAUGUUAAAUGGCAUUUUUCUUUGCACAUUUUACUCCUCUUUCAAAGAAAUCAACCUGACCCCCAUGUGGUACUGCAGCCUCCCUUUGCUGCCCUGUGUCUGCACAGCAGGGUCAGGCUUGGGGUGGAGGGGCUGUGAUGGGGGUCUCCUGGGUGCUAGGGAGAGGGGAGAAAGGGUCUCAGACUGCAGACCCUCAACACGCUGUGAGGUCAGCACUGCCUGGUUGUCAUAGGGCCCCAUAGGCUGCCUUCCCUGAGCUGCUGCAGGGUCUUCCCCCAGCUGAGGUGGUCAAAGAGGGAGGGAGCCCUGGGAAAGCAGCCCUUGGGAGCCCUCUCCAACCAAGACCACCAUCUUCAGGAGCACAAAAGCCUCAUUGGGCUGUGCUGACUUUCUUCACCUGCCCUGACUGGUGUAGGCUCCCCUGCCAUCGCCCAGCCUGAGAGAGGGGGGCUGUUCCUCUCCUACCUCCACCCUUGCCCCCUCCCUGUUGAUAGCUUUGUCCCAGAGGCAGGCAGAGAACAGGAUGGAUGGGAGAGGUGGACUGGAGCCCCUGGCACCUGCAGGGAGGACUGACCCUGUUUAAGGGCUCUUUGUGAGGGCUUUUGUGGUCAGGAUCAGUUGCCCUCAAUUGCUUCCCCCUUCCCCUUGUGUAAAAUGUAAAGGAAAAUAAUAAAUCCCCCUGCUAUUUAGCUAUAUUUAUUUCCCUCAACCCUGCCACCAUCCUGUUUGGUGCUCAUUGCAGACACUAUCACCCUCCCUUUGCCUGCCAUCUGUGGGUGCUGCACAAGCUCGCUGGGGCAGUUCCCUCCAGGGCUUCAUGGGGCUGGGUGAAAGUGGACAGUCAUUUACUUUUUCUGUCACCCAUGCUGGCCCUGGAGCUCCAAGCACUUUAAUAGGCCUGAACAAGUGAAAUGUCAGCCCUGCCCACCUCAGCUGCUGGGAAGGGCGGUCACAUCCCAUGGCUUUUUUCCCUCCUUGCUCCCCACUAGAGGAAGGGAGCCAGACACACAGAGAGCAUGUGGGGGCUGUUACAAGGAGGAUGUAGCUGACUUUCCUGUAUGCCUCCUCUAUAAGAAUCCCAGGCCCAGAGGAAAGGGGAUGGAGGGGAGGAGAUGUGGGUCUUCAGUGCAUAUGGAGGGCAGGCCACCCCAGCUCCCAGGGCUCAACUGGGGCUGGAGCACAGGUGGGUGCGAAGGAGCAUGGUGAGAGUCACCCAUCCCCUCCAGCUAUUGGCUAGGAAUGAAAUGAGCAUGUGAGCUGAUUACUCGCGGUCCACUCUCAGGCUGGGGCAGGGGGGACGUUGAUCCUGCUUCCCUGUGCUUGCACCCACCUACUGUCCUUGCCUCUGGUCCAGCAGGUGGGCUGGGAUGCUCUGGUCUCUGUAGGUACGCUAUGGCCCGGGGCUGCCUCUGCGCCUGUCGGGGCUCUGCCCGUGCAGAGCUGUGUGUUCUGAGUGGCACUGUCUGUGUAGAGAUGUGUAUAAUACCCUGUAUAUAUUUGUGUACAAAAGAAAAAAGGAAAAAAAGGA